GUGUUUCAUUUGCUUUCAGCUUUUUUUAGACUGUCGAGCAGUAGCUGGUAUCCAGUGCAUGUUGUAUGUGUAAAUAAUUCACAUUUGUUAAAUCAUCUGUUUGUUAAUUUUUAUAAUCUUAGGAAUAUGCCGGAAAACGGUCACCAAAAUCUUGCUAUGGUCACCUGCACUGCACCAGUGAACAUUGCGGUCAUUAAAUACUGGGGGAAACGCGAUGAAGAUCUCAUUCUGCCAAUCAAUUCAUCCCUCAGUGUGACAUUGCAUCAGGAGCAGCUCAAAACAAUGACAACAAUUGCAUGCAGCAGAAGUUUCCAGCAAGACCGCAUCUGGUUGAAUGGCAAGGAGGAGGAUAUCAGCUGCCCCAGGUUGCAGUCAUGUCUGCAGGAAAUUCGAAGGUUAGCUCGCAAGAGACGGAAUACUGGCGAUCCAACUUCUGAUGUCAGCAUAGUGUCCAACAAGGUCCAUAUCUGCUCUGUGAAUAAUUUCCCCACUGCUGCAGGACUGGCAUCCUCUGCAGCAGGCUAUGCCUGUCUAGUGUACACACUGUCACAGUUGUUCGGUGUGGAGGGUGAGCUGUCUGCAGUGGCACGACAGGGCUCUGGCAGUGCAUGCAGGAGUUUGUAUGGUGGCUUUGUCCAGUGGAAGAUGGGGGAAUGGUCAGAUGGGAAAGACAGUAUCGCUGAACAAGUGGAAUCUGAGUCGUACUGGCCAGAGCUCAGAGUAUUGAUCCUAGUGGUGAGUGCUGAGCAGAAGUCUGUUGGGAGCACGUCUGGAAUGCACACUAGUGUGAAAACAAGUCAACUUCUGAAGUACCGGGCCAGUGUUGUGGUGCCCUGUCAUAUGGAGGAGAUGAUCAGGGUUAUUCGACAACGAAACUUCCAGGCAUUUGGUGAGCUGACCAUGAAAGACAGUAAUCAGUUUCAUGCCACCUGCCUGGACACCUACCCACCCAUAUUCUACCUGAACAACGUAUCGCACCGGAUCAUCAGCCUUGUGCACCGCUACAACCAGUACUAUGGAGAGACCAGGGUGGCAUAUACCUUUGAUGCCGGGCCUAAUGCUGUUAUUUACACCUUGCAAGAGCACUUACCAGAGUUUGUACAGGUGGUUCGUCAUUUCUUUCCCUCAGAAGCCAAUGGAUCAGAGUUUGUCAGAGGUCUUCCUGUAUGUUCAGCUGACCUCUCUGAGGAGCUGAAGAGAGACAUUAAUAUGGAGCCCACUCCAAAGGGCAUACACUACAUAAUCAGCACUAAGGCUGGUCCUGGACCAUGUGUGGUGGAGGAUCCAAGCCAACAUUUGUUGGGUGUUGACGGGCUGCCCAAGAAGAGAGUAGUAUCAGAAUAACCUUAAAGAUCUUUGUAGAUCAAGAAAACAAAAGAAAAGAUUUUUCAUAGAUAGUUUGUAAAUAUAUUUCAAUAUAAAUUGUUGUGUAACGAGUAUAUUUACUUUAAUUAAAAUAAUGAUUUUAAUGAUGA